UCCGCGCGCUCCCUUCUCCGCGCGCUCCCUUCUCCGCGCGCUCCCCCCCCCUUCUCCGCGCGCUCUCCUGCUUCCCAGUCGCUCUGAGUUGUGCAAACUGUCGCAAUGGCGCAGGAGCUGAACGGCCUCACGGACGAGCAAGCGUACGCCGCCUGUUCCGAGCCGGACCCCGAUACCCAGGAUUUCAUUAUGCAACAGACCAUGCUGAGAGUGAAAGAUCCAAAAAAAUCUCUGGAUUUUUAUACCAGAAUCAUUGGAAUGACGCUGCUGCAGAAAUUUGACUUUCCCUCAAUGAAGUUCACACUUUACUUCCUGGGCUUCGAGGACAAAAAGGAAAUCCCGAGAGAAAAGAAUGAGCACAAGGCCUGGACGUUCUCUAGGAGAGCCACCAUCGAGCUGACGCACAACUGGGGCACUGAGGUUGAUGAAAACCAAGCCUACCACAAUGGGAAUUCUGACCCCAGAGGAUUUGGUAAAAUGAAGGGGCUUGCUUUCAUUCAGGACCCAGAUGGUUAUUGGAUUGAGAUUCUCAGCCCAAACCAAAUGCUUACCAUAGUCCCUUAGGUGUGAAGCGUGAACUAUGAGACUCGACAACAAUUUGGAUACACUAGACAACAUCACCUGCCCCAUGCAGGACAGAGAUUUGCCACAACUAUAAAUAUAAUUGUACUGUUUUGGAAUUCAGGCAAACUGGUUUUGUGAAUAGUAUUUUUUAGCUUGUCUCUGGGCAGUCAAGACCAGCUUCCUGGUAAAUUAUAAAUUGUAAAGGAAGUUUGCAGCUUGAAUGUUCUACACGUAUGAAGUCCCCAAGAGCCGAAUGUGUGAAGCCUGGACUAAUCAUGUUUAAAGUCAAGAGUUGAUCCUAAUUCAUCAAUUAUUUCUUCCUUGCAAUUUUCACCAAAAGGAGCAGGGUAAAAUGAAGUUGAUUUUUUUAAAAUUUUGCAGCAUAUAUGUUUAGAAGCCAGUUUUAAAUUACAAAUCCCCAUUUCCAUUUCUGUUGGAGUACUUUCAAAUUCUAGUGUCAACUGUAAAUUCAAUGCCAAAAGGAUGGAGAAAAUCAACCUCAGUUCUUGCAAUGAGCGAUUUUAACUUGGAAAAUCCUGAAGUGGAUUGUAGUUGGUGAAAAUUUGUCUUGAUGGAGAUAAUCUGGGACCCACAGCUGUUUAAAAUUGUUAACGAGAAAUUGUUCUAUUGGAAGUUGCUUUCCUUCCAGUCUUAAUUUAACUUCUAUUAGCAAUAUGAAAUAUAACUGCAGUAUUAAAGACUAAUCUGUCACCACUGCCCAGAAUUU